AUGGAUACCACCAGACCAGCUCCACUGCGCAACAGUGAACUUCUCAAUUCCAUUGAAGAGUCGCCUUUUCGCGCAAAUUUACCAGAUCCUAUACCAACCAAGCCGCUCAAAGCGAAGGUUAAGCCAUCGCAAGAAGAGAUGGAUCCCUUCGAAGUGCGCAUUCGCUUUACGCAGUAUUUGCAACAUCUAAAUGCGAGUGUUACGAGUGCGAAUAAGACGGCACAGUAUGCGUUGAAAUAUAGGGAUAUGGAUGAAGAUUUGCAUAGUUGCAUUCUGGAACAACUGGAGAGAAAUUCUAUGAACAAUAGAGCAAACAUCAUGUUUUUCAUCGAAAUUUUAUGCGAUAUGGCAUCGAGAGAAGGACACGAUGAUUAUGUACGCAUGAUGCAAAGAGAUAUCUUACGGGUCGUUGAUGCAGUUGCGCCAGAAGAUGGAUCCGGAGCCGCCAAUGUUAAAGUAGUGCGCAAAGUUCUCCAAGGCCUUCAACAAAAAUCCUUCCUCCUACCUCAAACUGUUACGGAAAUCGAAGAAUGUCUCAAGGAACGCGAUACCCAACCCGACGUACUCAUGUCUUCUCCGCCCGCAAACGAAGCCAAUGGAAAUGGAACUUCACAACAUGCUACGCCUAAACAGGCUAAACCGAAUGGGGUCGGGAGAUUGGAUAAGAGACAGAUUGAACAGAGAAUCGAAGAGGAUCGCGAGAGACAUAAGAGAUUAAGAGAACAUAUCUGGGCUGUACCGGCCUCGGGACCUAACUCGGAGUUCGAUAAAUUGUGGGAUGAAACGAGUGAUUUGGGAGAUGAUGAUAUGGAUUUAUAUGAAGAAGAAUCUAUGGAGAGAAAAGAGGCUGGAAGAGAAUGGUUUAAUGAGCAAGUUCAUAAAAGUAGACUUGAGGGUCAAGCUUAAGUGGAGAGUUAGUUUUCUCCGGUCAUGGCGUUAUAUUGCAUUAUCUGGCGGCGUUCGUGCAUUGGCGUUCUACGGUCAUUCAGGUAUACCGGGGAUCUUUAUGUGGUAUGUACUUGGACGGCGUAGUUAUAUAUAGGUUUGAGGACUUUUGCAUCGCGCGGCUAUGUAGUUUUAUGUGCUUAUUUGUAUGGACAACGUUGAGGAGUUGGCACAUAAAAAUGUGGUAAUAUCAUUCUGUUUUACAGAGAUCUUGUGUUGACAAUUCAUCUCUCAAUACGGAAACAGGGCACAUGGGUCCAACAUCAUGGCAACUGUUAUGUUCAAUAAGCAUUUUGUCAAGGUUAUCUUGAUUGCCACUAUAAACUUUUCAUUCAAUCCAAAGUUUGGAAGCAUCUGAAAACAUGGAUUUUCAUCGUGGCAUACAGUGUGUCUCCUUGGGAAAUAAUCAUCUUUGCAUCUAGCCACAAAUUCC